AUGAGAGCGAGCGAAGAAGACUACACAACCGUAUAUAGUGGUGAUGAAGAUGCAGGGAUCUACAGCGCAUCCGAUGACGAUCUUGAUCUUCCAGAAGAUGACAAAGUCAAUGGUUCUGGUGAGAUUAAUUAUACUUUUCUCAAAGAAGAAGAAAUUGCCAAGCUUCAGAAAGAUUAUAUUACAGAAGUGUCCACGGUCCUUUCCAUAUCAAAAUCCGACGCAUGCUUACUGCUCCUUUACUUUAAUUGGAGGGACGAGGAACUAAAGGAUGAAUGGUUUGCUGAUGAAGAGAAAGUUCGAGAGAAUGCAGGCUUGUUGGAGAAACCAAUGGUUAAACAUAGUGCCAGUGCAAAUCAACCAAUUACUUGCCGGAUUUGUUUUGAUGAGUACUACUAUUCAUCAGAGAGUACUAUUAGUAGUAUUUUGUCAACCUCUUGUGGUCAUCCUUAUUGUCGAGAUUGCUGGGAAGGUUAUAUUAGCACAUCAAUCUGUGACUCCGGUCCGGCAUGUUUGAUGCUGAGAUGUCCUGAACCAUCUUGUAAGGCAGCAGUUGGUCCUGAAUUAAUCGAAAACGUGCUGGUGGUGACAGGAAAAAAAGCCGAGUAUGACAAGUACAAGCAUUACCUGUUAAGAUCAUAUGUCGAACAUAACAGGAAGAAGAUUAGAUGGUGUCCUGCUCCGGAUUGCAAGUAUGCUAUUAAGUUUGAUGCUCCAGACAGAAUGUCAUCAUAUGAUGUUUCGUGUCUUUGCUCGCAUAGUUAUUGCUGGAAUUGUGAGGAGGAGAAUCAUCGUCCGGUGUUCUGCGAGACUGUGAAGAAGUGGAUUUUGAAGAACGCGGAUGAUUCUCAGAAUGGACAAUGGAUAAUGGUUAAUACCAAGCCCUGUCCUAAGUGUAACAGAUCGAUCGAAAAGAACCAAGGGUGUAAUCACAUGACCUGCACAGCUCCUUGUAGAUUUCAAUUUUGCUGGUAUUGCCUCGGACCAUACGGUACAUGCCAUUGCAACGCGUUUAAUAGGAGGGCAACUGAUAUGUCAGGGGGAGUUUGGGGCAUGGCUGAGAAAGAGAGAAUGCAGGCAAAGAUAGAUUUAGAGAGAUAUGCUCAUUACUAUGAACGUUGGGCAAACAAUGGAUCAUCAAAGGAAAGAGCUCUCAAGGAUUUUGAUAAGGUGAAGACCGUGCACAUUAAGGAACUUGGACACAUACAGAAAAAUACAAUAGAGCAUAAGUACGAUUUUAUCAUAGAGGCCUGGCAACAGAUAAUUGAAUGCAGGCAGGUAUUGCGAUGGACCUAUGCUUAUGGAUACUACAUGAAGGAGAAUGAGGAUGCCAAGCGUCAUCUCUUCGAGCACUUGCAAGGCCAUGCCGAGUUCAGCCUGGAGAGGCUUCACAAAUGUGCAGAGAGUGAACUGCAACAGUUUCUCAACCUGGCUCAUGACGAUAAGGUUUGGUUCAUAGAGUUCCAAAAGAAACUCAUAAGUCUGACAAGGGUGACUGGUACUUAUUUCGACAGGCUGCUUACUGCGUUGGAGGACGGCCUUUCUGAGAUUUUAACAAAGAAACAGAAAAAGAAAGUUCUUCGAAAGUAA